AUGAGUUUGAAUCGUUAUAACUUUAAAACAUUAAGUGGUUUAUUUAAGGAUAAAAUACCACAGCAUUUUGAUAUAUUACCACAUACAAGUAUUAAAUGUGUUAUUCAUCCUUCCGUUAUAUUUACCAUAUUAGAUGCGUAUUUAAGAAGAGAUGAAGAUCAAACUCAUGUUAUUGGAACUUUAAUGGGAUCAGUUAUUGAUACUAAUUUAAUUGAAAUUUCAGAUUGCUUUGUUGAUAAACAUUCGUUAAAUGAAGGGGGAUUUUUGCAAAUUAUUAAAGAUCAUCAUGAAACAAUGUAUGAAUUAAAACAAAAAAUCCGUCCAAGAGAUCAAGUGGUUGGAUGGUUUUGUUCAGGUUCUGAAUUGUCAGAAUUAUCAUGUGCUGUUCAUGGUUGGUUUAAAGAACACAAUUCAAUUUCAAAAUUUUAUCCUCAUUCCCCCUUAAAUGAACCUAUACAUUUAUUAGUUGAUGCUGCAUUAGAAAGUGGUUUUUUAAAUAUUAAAGCCUUUGUACAAUUACCUAUCUCCUUAGUUAAAGAAUAUUUUGUUCAUUUUCAUGAAAUUCAAACGGAAUUAUUACCUUGUAAUGUAGAAAGAGCUGAAGUUUUACCAUAUAAAGAAAAAUUAACCGUAAACAAAGAUAAAGAUAAUAAUAAUAAUGCUAAUAAUGCUGAAAUUAUAACAAAUGAAAUGAACGAAAUUUCCUUAAAAAAAUUAUUAAUUAUGUUAAAACAGUGUAAAUCUUAUGUUCAGGAUGUUAUAGACAAAAAAAAAAAAGGAAAUUUAAGUGUUGGUAGAUAUUUACAUAAAGUUUUAUCAAAUGAUACGUUCCUAUCACUAGAAAAAUUUGAUUCAUUAAAUGAAAAUAUUUUACAAGAUAAUUUAAUGAUUUCUUAUUUAUCUAAUCUAGCUAAUUUGCAAUUUUUAAUUGCAGAAAAGUUAAAUGCUUCAUCGUUGCAAUAA